AGAGGCAAAUUUGGUGUGUGCGCUUCUGUGCCGACCGUAUGAUAUUUCAAAGUAUUUGUGUAGGUACUCUAGUUUUGAUGGGAACAUCCGCAAGCAUUGCUGAUCCUUAUCUAUUCUAUGAACAAUAAUUCUCAAUUGCCAUUUGUUUUAAGGGUAGUCAUUUAUGUUACUGGUCUGCUUGGGUGACUUGCAUAUUCUGAACAAGCUUGUAUUAUCUUUUUAUCUAACAAUAUUCAUCCAAUACAGUUAAAAGGUUUGGCAUAUUUGAAAAAAUAGCCUUUGUUCGAUAUACAUAAGGAUUCAAUAUUUUUGAUAAUGGAUAAAGAAAAUACCAACGCCUUUAAAACCUCUCCUCAAAUGGAUUGCUUAGAAAAAUUAGCAGUUUCUCUUCCGUCGGCUGCUUUCAGCUUAGUUCCGUGUAGUGAAAAUAGGGACUUCGACACACGUUUCUUAAAUAAGUUUCAGUCAGGAAGGAAGGGAUGUGGUAUGAAUAAGUCGUCACGUACUCUUUCAGAACCCACUUUACCAACAUCUAAAUCAUUGAAAAGUAUGACAACAUCCAAUUUCGUUUCUCCUACGUUUGCAAGGUAUAUGCCUUACUUCUUGUCAUCUCUCAGCGAUCAUUCAAGCUCUUCGACAACGAUGUCUUCUAUCUCUGUGUCAAAUUUAAGUGAUGCAUCCAGUAGCGUGCGACUUCCAUUGUCUCCAAGUCAACUGUCCUUACCAGAACCUCCAGAUGGAGGUUGGGGCUGGGUUGUUGUAAUCGCCACAUUUUUCGUUCAUAUGAUAACCGACGGGGUAAUAGUAUCGUUUGGCGUUUUUAUUGAAUCUCUCGUUGAGGAAUUCCAAGACUCAAUGAGUGCUACUUCGUGGAUUGGAUCAUUUUCGUAUGGUAUUCCUGCGCUCGCUGCCCCUUUGUCUUCGUUGCUGCUUAAUCGCUUUGGAUGUCGAGUAACGUGCAUGGUUGGUGGUCUGAUAAGCGGUCUAGGAUGUUUUGCUGGCGCUUUCACUAAUUCUAUUAUAUCAAUGGUCUUUUCGUUCGGUAUCUUAUCUGGUCUGGGUGCGAGCUUGUGCAUCACAUCAGCUCUUGUUGUUGUCUCGAUGUAUUUUGAUAACAGACGAGCUACUGCCACUGGUUUGUCUAUAGCAGGUACAGGUGUUGGUGCUCUUGUAUUUGCUCCAAUGGUAGAUAUGCUACUGAAUAUUUAUACGUGGCGAGGGGCUAUGAUGAUACUGUCUGGAUUUUUCCUAAAUAUGAUAGUAUGUGGUGCUCUGAUGCGUCCUGUUGAAACUGACGUCGAAAAACGACAUAGACAACGUCUCGCUUGGUUGGAACACCUAGCUCGCGAGUCGGGUUUACCACCUUUCGAAAGUGCAGACUACUUGGAUAAGGAUGUGCUUGGUCGUAUAAAGUUGCUACGUGACCAUAUGUUAGCCCCUCGUAGAGUUACAAUGAGCUAUUUACACUCAACAAAUGAAAUUAAUGACAAGUUGAUUUCAGAUGUGCGUGUAUGUCCUUCAUCUAAUAGAAAUUGUUUCAAAGUUCUGGAAAACAAGACAAAUUUAUCUAAAGAUUUCACUCAAAUCUCUCCGAUCCACUCCAAAUCACAACCAAUAUAUAAGAAAGCACAACAAACUCAAGAUCAGGAUGUAUGGAAAGACGGUGCAUCUACAUUUAAACCUCGAAAUAAUGUGUCAGGGAACAAGAAAGUGUGCAGCUUCAUACUCCAAUCUCCGGAAGUUCGGUCCGAUAUCGUUUCGUUCCCACGUUUACUUCCUAUUAAAAAUUUUGAUUGUGAUACACAAGAUAAAAACUGUGAGGUAAAUAAUAGAUGUGAAGUUUACAAUACCAACGGAAGUCCUAAAUCGUUCACGAACUCUAUUCAUUGUAACCAUGAAGACACUGUUUGUCCUAAGAAAGAUGAAGCAUGCAUCUUAAAUAAUCUCUGUCAAGACAAUCAGACGUAUAUGCUCAACGAUUGCUGUGAAACCACUUCCCUCAAGUUUACACAUAAUACCUCACAGAGUUAUAAUCAGAAUAACAUUCCUCGAGGUUCUUCAUCUAGUUUGCUUGAGUGUUAUCGCUCCACACAUCAGAGUUCAGUGAGUCUGCCGGAUCUUCAUCAUCUCAGAAGGGUGUACAAAACAGACAAUUCUAGUGAAUCUGAUGUGUCAUCUCAGUGUUCACUGGGGUAUAAAUGUAGUUGUCUGGCGAGUAGAAAAUCAGAAUUAAAGUCGGUGGAUGAAGGUGAAAAAUGUCAGGAUAAGGAAAUAUAUUGUAAUUGCUGUACAGAAAUGUGUGCCGACAAACAUGAUAUUUUUCACCGUCUGUUCGAUCUGCGACUGUUUAGAAGACCUACCUUUGUUUUGUUUAUGGUUUCAAAUUUCUUACUCUACUUCUGGUACAAUGUUACAUAUUUUUUUAUGGGUGUGCGUGCUAUCAAUUAUGGUCUUAGUGAGACACUUGCAGCCCUUUUGUUUUCUGUUCUUGGUGGUGCUAACAUGGUUGGCGAGGUUUUGGCUGGAUUCUUGGCUGAUCGUGAUGGCGUCGAUUCUCUGACUCUAUAUUUCUUCAUGAUUCUUGCAUGUGGUGUAUCAACGUGCUUGAUGCCGUUACUUACUACAUUUAUGUCUAUGGCAGUUUAUUCUAGCGUGUUUGGUAUGGGACUGGCCGCUAAUGAUGCUCUGUGCACUGUUUUGUUGGUAGAAUUUGUUGGGCUACAUCGUCUUACAAAUGGUCUUGGAAUUUGUUUUUUUUGUCAGGGUGUGGCCAAUAUUUUGGGACCGCCUCUUAUUGUGGCUUCCUGGAUUCAAUGCCUCAAUGGACAACGCGUUGACCCUUGAAGCGAAAUGUAUUGGGUACGAAUCUGUGUGAGCGUUAACACUGGAAUUUAGUUACAUCCAGCUGACGAGCCAAAAACAGGAUGAAACUCGCAUCUUGCAUUCCACUUCUAGUUAGCUACAGUUCAACUCUACUGAAAUGUUAAUUUACAUGCUGUUACUUCUCUUGUGUUUUAAAAGUUGAUAGAAGUUUCGUGUAAGUUCGAUUAUUAUUUUUUUAUUUGUAAAUGUUAAACCUUGUUGUAAACACUUGUGUACCAUUCUUCAGUAAGUUGGUUUAUUUGUGAACUUUAAUGAGUUUGACUAUUACAUUUUUUUUAAUGCAUCGUUGAAGACAGUGGAUCGGACUUAAUUACUAAUAAUAUAAAAAGCGUAGAAUAACGUCAUUUACGUAGACUUCUCAUUAAUCGUUUUCAUGUAUCGUACUUAAUUGUGUAAUGGUAGUAGGUGCUUAACGGUGUUUCAAAUGUCUUUAUAUCAUCCCCAAUUCAUUCGACUCAAGGGUUUUUUGUUUAGGAAAAUCUUCAUAUGAUAUUAUAAACAUAGUAGAUAAAAGUAUUUUAAAUCUGUCACAUAACUAUUACUUUAGGGACUGUGUGAACUGUUGUCUUGAAUAUCUACAGUCUUAUUUAUUACCACCAGAAAUGCUUUACGUAUGUUAUUGCCAAUUUAACUUCACAAACGUGUACUAUGAGUAACAUAUGUCCAGAUAGUCUCGUUGGCUAACUGCUUAUUUACAAUAAUUUCUCAACUUUGAAUUUUAGGACAGUUUUGGUGAUUCAUUCACACUGACCACCCUACAAACGUCCAAAAAUUAUUUUUCAGUUUAAGUUAACAAACGCCAAAUUAAAAAUUGUCAUGACUUAUGCUUAGUAAAUACUGUAUAUGCCUUUUUGUUAGUUUGUAAAGCGUUGAAUUAUCUCCCCUUAGUCAUAGAAUUGUGUUUUUACACUGAUCUAAUAAGACGUUUGCCGAUUUAUCGUGUUCUAUUAUUUUCCACUGUUUAAUGGUUUUUGAUUGCUUAUUUGCGUGGUGUUCACUUCUUUAUAUAACACCUUUCUAACCAAUUCUUGUUUUUAAUUUGAAUUGACAGUUUUCCACUUGUGCCAAUAAUCUCUCUCUUCAUUAAUUACCUAAACCUGUAGGAUAAAUCCUAAUUGUACAACCUGGAAUUAGUUAACUUUAUAGAAAGCUUUUAUCACUCAGUGUGUUUGUUUUUUUAAAAGCUUGAACUAAUCAAAAUGAAAACGUUGCUUCCAAUUUCUAUUUUGCUUAUGAAUAUAUGUUAAAAAAUUGUGCAAAAUUAAAUAGUACUGGUUUUUUAUUUCGGCCUUUUUGUUUUUCAAACUCCGAAAGUCUUCUAACUGAUUUUAUGACUACUCGCUUAGCGAAGUACACAAAUUCUUAACUAAGUUUAUUAUACUGUGGUAAAAAAGAACGUUAUUUUUAUGUGUGGUUAAGAACUUAUCCAAACAUUUGGCCCAACUAUGCUUGUUUAGUUCUGCGCGAUCAAGUAGUAUUGAGUUUUUGAAUGUUAGUGCAAAAUGAUUGAAUUGUGACUUGUUUCCUUUCAUUUCCUAUUUGUCUUUCCCUGUACUAUCAGGUUAUAUAAUUGAUCUAACUCAAUCACAUGAUCCAGCCUUCAUUAUUUCUGGUUUGGGUAUGGUUUUGGCAGCAUUUUCAGUUGUUCCUAUUAUUAUACAGCAUUUUCGAAGAAGGCGUGCGCGUCGAUUACGUCGUUUACAACAAAAUUGUUCUGAAAUUGUAUUAGAAGCUCAAACGUAACAACGAUACUACUACUACUAACAAUAAUAAUGGUUUUUCUAUGAUUUAUCACAAUGACCACUACCUUAAAAGUAGAUGAUGUAAUAUUUUCUUGCUCAGAUUUUAUUGGUAGUUUUUUUCGACUAAUUCGUUAUAUUUUGUUUCCUCUCUUUUCUUCUUGCAUUGUAUCUUACAUGUGUCGAAUGUUUACUUCAGACUUGGUUCUAUCUUUUUCUUCGAGAUUACUUUUGAAGUCGACUGCUAUUAUUAUUAUUAUUAAUAUUAUUUAUCGAAACAAACAUUGGUUUUACUUAUCAGUGCAGUCUAUAAUGGCUGGUUUAAUUUUUAUUCGUUAAAAUUUAUAUAGAUAUUUAUUAAUUAGCUAUCUGUUUAUUCAUUUUGUUUUAAUCCGACAGUUUUAAACGUUGUACACCAAUUCAAAAAAGUGCAUUAGUCAUAAAGAUUAUUUUUUAUUUUGUUCAACAAGUUAAUUAUAGCAUUUUCCUCUGUUUAUAGAAGUUCAAAUUACAGUUACUCUAUUUUUAAAUAAAAAUCAAACACUCAUACAUAUACACAAAGAACUCUACAUUCCACUCAGAAAAAAAGAGCAUUAUUUAUGAAUAUCAUUACUCAACCACACACUCUUUCCUCACUAUUGUAAGUAUGAUUCGUAUUGGCAUUCUUUCUUCUCAAAACACUUAUCGUUUCGUUUUUGUUGUUAUUUACAUGUUUACUUCCUUUAUAUUAAUCUCAGCCUUUCUAUUUACAUUACUCUAUACUUUCCAUCUCUUUAUUUCACUUCUAUAAACACCAGAUGUAAUUGUAUAACUUAUUAUUUCUAGUCAUUAAAUAUAUAUGUGUGUAUAUUCAAUGUGCGUGGAUGUGUCACUUCAGUGAGAGACAAAUGGUGCUUUCAUGACUCAACUCUUUCUAUUGGUUACGGCUUAUUAUUAAUAUCAUUGCAACUAAUACAGGUGCUACGAUUAUUACUAUCAGCAAUUAUAUUUUUCAUUACAACUGUUAAUGUAAUUCUUCUUAUUGGUAUAUUAAUAUUGUUGUCAUCCUUACUUAUAUUACUUUUGUGAAACUUUACUAGUAUUUAGAUUCACAGAUAAUGUCACACUAUUUUCAUAUUGUACGCAUUCAAACAUAGUUAUUUUGUAUGUGGAUGUGAAAAAGUAGAAUUUACUGUUCAUAGCCGGUUUUGUUUCCCAUAUUCUUUCUUGAUCUUCUUCUGAGAGAGAUAUUUUUAUUCAAUGUACAUUUUCUUCAAUUGUUUGUUCACCACAUAUAUACGUUUAUUUUAUCAUAGGUAGCAAAACAUUUGAUAUAUAUAAUCGUUAUUACGCAUUGAAAUAAUGAGGAAAAGGUGUACUUAACAGGGAAUGUAGAAGCUUGUUUGUUUUAUGUCAACUUAUAUGAAAAUGAUUGUGAACGAAAGAAUAGAAAUAAACAUUCUCUUAGUGUUUGUCAAGUUUUACAAUUGACUGUACUUUGGCAAAUAGCCAAAUACCAUUUUGAUGAAACUGAUUCUUAAUAAACCUUACUAAAUU